GCCACAGCUGUCAAAAAAUCAUUUGCAACAUUUCUCUAAUAUAAACAAUUUUUAUUUAAAUAAUAAAAAUCCCAACACUUUUGGACUUUGGAAACCAAACGUACAAUUACUCGGCAAAAUUCCAGUAUUCUAAAGACACAUUUAACAAUUAAUAAAUUGCCUUGAAUUAUAAUAAUUAUAAUUGUCUUGGGGCCAAAAAUAAGACCACCACCCAGAAAUCUAGAAAAAAGUGAAAACGCCCCACAGCUUGUAUCCUGACUUUCCCUAGCUAUGGAAGAUAUUUUCCAGUGGUGCAAAGAAGGCAAUGCCCUUACCGUAAGGGUCUGGCUGGACGAGCCCGAACACGACAUGAAUCAAGGGGAUGACCACGGUUUUAGCCCUUUGCAUUGGGCUUCUAUGAAGGGCCACAUUAAAAUUGUAGAGAUGCUUUUGCUUAGAGGUGCCCGUGUUAAUGCCACAAACAGAGGCGAUGAUACUCCAUUGCAUUUAGCCUCUGCCCACGGCCACAGAGAAAUUGUUGCAAUGCUUUUGCGUCAAAGAGCUGAUUUAAACUUCACCAAUGAGCAUGGGAACUCACCCUUACACUACGCAUGCUUUUGGGCCUACGUUGGCAUUGCUGAAGACUUGGUGCACCAUGGAGCCAAAGUCUCUAUUGCCAACAAGUACGGCGACACACCCUUGGACAAAGCCAAAGGCAAUUUAGCAAAAAUCCUCCACGACAUUGCAGUUGAAUCUGGACAAGACUUAAAAAAAAUCAAAUUCAAAGAUCAGAGUUGGCUGGGGAUGAAAACGCGUUCCAGGGAUGCCACAUUGUCGCGUCACAAGGGCAUCAAUUUCAAAGAACUAGACUUGAAACAGAAAAUUGGUGAAACUCACAGUGGUACCACUUACAAGGGCCGUUGGCAAAACAAUGAUAUUGUUGCCAAAAUUUUAAACAUCAGAGAAAUAACUGCCAGAAUCUCGAGAGACUUCAACGAGGAAUUUCCAAAACUCAGAAUAUUUUCUCAUCCCAACAUUUUGCCUGUCAUUGGGUGCUGCAACCAUCCUCAAAACCUAAUAGUCAUCAGCCAGUACAUGCCUUUAGGCUCAUUGUAUGAUGUUCUACACGAGAGCAGUGGGGGCAUUGUGGUGGACACCGCACAAGCUUUAAAAUUCGCCAUAGACAUUGCCAGAGGCAUGGCGUUUUUGCACAGCUUAGAACGCACCACUCCAGAAUUUUUUCUGCACAGUCGUCACAUUGUCAUUGAAGAAGAUUUGACUGCAAGGAUUAAUAUGGCUGAUGCCAAGUUUUCUUUCCAGGAAAAGGGCAGGAUUUAUUAUCCGGCUUGGAUGUCACCUGAAGCUUUACAGAAGAAAAUUACAGAUAGAAAUUGGGAAGCAUCAGACAUGUGGAGCUUUGCCAUACUACUCUGGGAACUCGCAACAAGAGAAGUACCAUUCCCGGACCAAAGUCCAAUGGAAGUGGGCAUGCGGAUCGCCUUGGAAGGUCUCAGGAUCAGCUUGAAACCUGGAAUAUCCCCACAUUUGGCCAAAUUGAUCAAGAUUUGCAUGAACGAGGACCCAGGCAAGAGGCCCAAAUUUGACAUGGUCGUACCUAUUCUGGAUAAAAUGACCCGUUGAUUUUUGUGGAUUUUUCUUAUUUAAUGUGUUCAAUAAUUUUUUAUGCUGCUUUGUUAUUUGGUAGCCAGACAUACUUACAAUUUAUAAGUAACAAAUAAUUAUUAAACUGUACUAUUUUUGAUAUUUAUAUAGUAAUCUGAGUGCCUUAUACUGCUUAUAAUAUUUUUUUUUGUAACAAAUGUGAUUGUAUUGUGUCCGUUUUAUAUAUGUUAAUUUAUUAAUUUGUAGUUUUAAUAAAUUUUAUUGAUUA